UGCCUUCGCCGCAAAGCAAAGGCAAAAGAAACCAACACACAGUCCUAUAAAAAUGCCAACGUCAAACAAGCCGAAACCACAAACCUCGAAGCUUUCCGAUCCACCGUGUCCGUGGUAUCUCUAUCUCUCUCUAGAACUCGGAACCUGACUCAUUGAGUUAGAAAAAAUGGGCCAGAUAUCGUUCAUAUACAGCUUCGUGGCUCGUGGAACAAUUGUACUUGCCGAGUACACCGAAUUCAAUGGAAACUUUCCGGCCAUCGCGACUCAGUGCCUCGAGAGACUUCCCUCAUCGAGCAACAAAUUCUUCUAUAACUUUGAUCACCACACUUUCAACUUCUUAGUCGAGGAUGGUUAUGCUUAUUGCGUUGUUGCCCAAGAAUCUGUUGGGCAGCAGAUUUCUAUUGCCUUUUUGGAACGUGUGAAAGCAGAUUUCAAAAAAAUAUAUACUGGUGGUAAAGCGGAUACAGCUAUGGCCAAAAGUCUUGAUAAGGAGUUCGGACCAAUUAUGAAAAGGCACAUGCAGUAUAUAGCAGAACAUCCUGAAGAGAUGGAGAAGCUGAUGAAAGUGAAGGCGCAAGUUGAAGGUGUUAAAAGUGUAAUGCGGGAUAAUAUUGACAAGGCAAUUGGUAGAGGGGAAGUCCUAACUGUUCUUGCAACCAAAGCUGAAGAUCUGCACAAUUCAGCUCAAGAACUUAAGGACACGGGAACACAGCUACGACGGAAGAUGUGGUAUCAAAAUAUGAAAAUAAAGUUGAUGUUUAUUGGAAUCCUUCUGCUUCUUGCACUCAUUAUCUGGGUUUCAAUUUGCCGUGGAUUUAAUUGCACCAACUAGCAUUUCUUCAACAGACUCCAGGACAAUUUCUAUUCAAUAUUUGUAUACAUCUAAGCUUCAUUGGAAGAGCUUGCAUUCAAACAAAGGAGUAUCUCAAUUACUCCAGAAUUUUUUUAACUAAUUAGUGCAAUCUUUUGUGUGCUAAGAAAAAAUCUG